GAGCACGCAGACGACAGACUCGCGCCAGUUUUUGCAGUUGGACCUCCAAUUUGUUGUCUCCCAGUGCAGAAAGAAAAUACAUUGUUAAAAAAAUAUAUAUAAUAACUGAUAAGUUACUUAACACAGUGGGUUUAAGUAAAACCACAUUACUCAACAAUCAUGGCUCCUAAGGAUUACUUGGCUGAGAAAGAGAAAUGCAAGAAGUUCCUUCAAGAGUUUUACAGUGAGGAUGACAAUGGAAAGAAGGUCUUCAAAUAUGGAGCUCAACUUGUUUCCCUGUCCCACAGGGAGCAGGUGGCUUUGCAAGUGGACCUGGACGAUGUGGCCGAGGAGGACCCAGAGUUGGUGGAGAGCAUCUGUGAAAACGCCAAACGCUAUAUGGGCCUGUUCGCUGAUGCCGUCCACGAGCUGCUGCCAGAGUACCGUGAGAGAGAGGUGGUGGCCAAGGAUUCCCUGGAUGUGUACAUUGAGCAUAGGCUGAUGAUGGAGCAGAGAGGUCACGACACCGCAGACACCAGGGAUCCUCACAACCAGUACCCAGCAGAGCUCAUGAGGAGAUUUGAGCUCUACUUCAAACCGCCCAGCACUGCCAAACCCAAAGUGGUCCGUGAUGUCCGUGCAGACAGCAUUGGCCAGUUGGUGACCGUUAGGGGCAUCGUGACCCGUGCCACUGAGGUCAAGCCCAUGAUGGCAGUUGCCACCUACACCUGUGACCAGUGUGGGGCAGAGACAUACCAGCCGAUUCAAUCCCCCACAUUCAUGCCCCUCAUCAUGUGUCCCAGUCAAGAGUGUGUCACCAACAAGUCAGGCGGCCGCCUCUACCUGCAGACCCGAGGCUCAAAGUUUGUCAAGUUCCAGGAACUGCGCAUACAGGAACACAGUGACCAGGUUCCUGUGGGAAACAUCCCCAGGAGCAUGACCAUCUACACCCGUGGGGAGAACACACGCGUAGCCCAGCCCGGAGACCACGUGGCUAUCUCCGGCGUCUUCCUCCCCCUGCUGCGUAAUGGCUUCAGGCAGGCUGUCCAAGGUCUGCUUUCAGAGACGUACCUGGAGUCCCACAGCAUCACUCUAAUGAACAAGACCGAGGAUGAUGAGCUUGGCACAGCAGAGCUGAGUGAGGAAGAGCUGCGCCAGAUCACAGAGGAAGAUUUCUAUGAGAAGCUUGCUGGUUCCAUUGCUCCUGAGAUUUUUGGCCAUGAAGAUGUGAAAAAGGCUCUGCUGCUGCUGCUGGUUGGAGGAGUGCAGCAGGCCCCCAAGGGUAUGAAGAUCAGAGGCAACAUAAACAUCUGUCUGAUGGGAGACCCAGGAGUAGCUAAGUCCCAACUGCUGUCUUACAUUGACCGUCUGGCUCCUCGCAGCCAGUAUACAACGGGCCGAGGUUCUUCUGGCGUGGGCCUGACUGCAGCGGUGAUGCGUGACCCCCUCACCGGGGAGAUGACCCUGGAGGGCGGCGCACUGGUGCUGGCCGACCAGGGUGUCUGCUGCAUCGACGAAUUUGACAAGAUGGCGGAUGCCGAUCGCACAGCCAUCCACGAGGUGAUGGAGCAGCAGACCAUCUCCAUUGCCAAGGCGGGCAUCAUGACCUCCCUCAACGCCCGCUGCUCCAUCCUGGCGGCUGCCAACCCUGCCUAUGGACGCUACAACCCGCGAAAGACCAUAGAGCAGAACAUCCAGCUGCCAGCCGCCCUGCUCUCCCGUUUCGACCUGCUGUGGCUCAUCCAGGACAAGCCUGACGCUGAGGCCGAUCUCCGCCUGGCCCAGCACAUCACCUAUGUUCACCAGCACUGCCGCCAGCCACCCACUCACUUCACCCCCAUCGAUAUGAAGCUCAUGAGACGUUACAUCUCCCUGUGUAAGAGGCGACAGCCCGUCAUACCUGAGUCGCUGGCUGAUUACAUCACGGCAGCCUACGUGGAGAUGAGGAAGGAGGCGCGUGUCAGCAAGGACUGCACCUUCACCUCCGCCCGUACACUCCUGUCCAUCCUCCGCCUCUCCACUGCCCUGGCCCGUUUGCGGCUGGUGGAUGUGGUGGAGAAAGAGGAUGUGAACGAGGCGAUGAGGCUCAUGGAAAUGUCCAAGGACUCCCUGCAGGCCGACAAGUCCAGCACCACCAGAGCCCAUCGGCCAGCGGACGUGAUCUUCUCCCUGCUGCGUGAGCUGGCCACGGAGGGUGUGAAGGGCCGGGGUGGGUCUGGGGGCCUGGUUCGCAUGGCAGAGGCCGAACAGCGGUGCGUUUCCCGUGGCUUCACCCCUGCCCAGUUCCAGGAGGCCCUGGAGGAGUAUGAGGAGCUCAACGUGUGGCAAGUCAACCAGGCCCGUACCCGCAUCACCUUCGUCUAAAGCAGGGCUGUUUGAUUCCAGUCCUAGAGGGCCUGAAUACUUUCUGGUAUUUAAUUGUACUCAACUGGUGUCCCUGGUCUGAAUUAGUCCCUGAUUAGGAGGAGAGGAUGAAAACCAGAAAUGUUUCGGCACUCCAGGACUGACCUUGCGCCCCCUUCACCAGCCACAGGCCUUUUUCGCCCAAACCCGGUCAAGGGCUCUGCCUGUGAUGAGAUGCUUAAUGGGCUGCUGACUGCGAUGGGACAACUUGGUGUGUCCCCAUCUACGUCGUUACAACAAAUAAUUAAAUGUAAACAUGCAUGGUGGUUCUUGGCUUUGUUUUGGAAUGGUUAAAUGUUGCUAACUUUUCUUCCUUAGCUAUUAAAUGCUUUUUUUUUAAAUGUUAGAUGGCUGCUCUCAAAUAAAACUCUGUAAAUACAA